AUGUCCACCAACACCCCCGACCCUCCCUCAAGUUUCACCGACGAAACCCUCAACCUCUGGCGGCAAUACCCAGAACUCAACGGCCGCUCUCGCCAGCGCCCCUCCCCCGAGAAACUCGCCUUCAUCCUCGAGGUCCUUCGCGGCAUCUACAUCGGCGACGCCACCUCCUGCAACAAGUCGCACGUACGCUCGCGCUACCGUCUCAACAACAACGACACACUCCAGUACAUCCCCGAGGACGGCCGGCCGCCGCGAACAGUCAUCAACGACGACGAGGCGUAUGGGCUCAUUGUCGAGUCGCAUCUCAAGUACGGCCAUGCGGGGAGGGAGAAGGUGUUCCACUACCUCAAGGACAAGUUCUACCACAUCACGCGCGAGGAGGUGGGAUGGGUGCUGAGGCAGUGUGCUAAGUGUAAGGCGCGCUGCAAAGGCGGGGAGGCCCCCUACGAAAACUCGCCAGAUAUGGCGGGCGCUGACGCCGAUGAGGAUCCAGCGAUGGAUGGGACGGCGGCGGAGGAGGAGGAAAAUUACCUCCCUGGCGCGUACACGAAGAAGUUCAAUGCGCUCCGCGCAGAGAGCAAGCUGGACGAGUCGGAGUGGAUGAAUCUGUGUCUGUGCGUUGCCCGAGACGUGAGGGGUCCCGCGGGCCUUGACGUCAUGCUCGAGAAUGAGGAUAAGGCAAAAGCCUGGGAGGAGCAUUUCAGCCCGCUCUGCGACGUCUAUGCAGAGAGGCAUUGGGGCACAAAGAUGAAGGGCCGGUGGUGGGCCGGAGACCGUGCGGGGGAUCGUGUCUUGAUCAAGGACUUUCUGCGCCGGCUGUUUAUGAACUUCUUUCAGAAGGAGCGCAUCCACCGGGCACGGAUUGCACGCAAGGCGUCAAAGGGCAAAAAGUCUAACGGUUCCUCCACCGGCCCCGGUGGCGGCGGCCCCAGCGGCGGUCCCAGCGGCGGCACAACCUGGAUGCGCACCCACCCGCCCAUCAAGAUCCCAGCGGCGCAGCACACCACCAUCGACCAAGACCAUAGCCCCUGUGCACAGAAAGGACUCCCCAAGAAGCGCCAGCGCGAGAUAGAUCCAGCGUCUCUGCACUACACCUCAGCACACCAAGGCGACGGCGAGCCAAGCCAGAAGCACCCAAGGCUGGAGCGCAUCAUGGUCUUGCUAACGAAUGCCGAAAGGGAGCAAGACGAGGCCCCGCCAGAUACCAGCACACAUAUUCGCACCCGGAAAAGGAAUACGGCAGGCGCUAUACGCCCCCACGGCCCCGUCUCCCUCGAACCCACACCCGACGCCGUCUUCCGCCUCGACCCCAUCGGCGCCGUAUUCCCGCCCGCCCUCCCACCACACAUUCCCCCACUUGCCGCCCCCACCGCUCCCACCGCCACCAUCCCGUCCUCUUCAAACAAACCCAUCCCCGCCCCCGCCCCCACCACCACCACAACACCACAAAUCCCCGCCGAACUCCUCUUCAUGACCUACGUGCAGCGCGACGAGCGCCGCCACGAGAUCCGCCUCAUCCGCGGGGAGACACUCACACCAUUACCAUUCACAGAGGUGCUCGAGAAACUGCGCAAGAAGCACCGGCUGGCGCCGCGGCAGGUGAUCACGGCGGUGGUGCUCGACUUUAAGGGCAGCAAGCUGUGCAUUGAGCCCGAGGAUGAGGACUGUCAGUUGGAUUGGGAGACGUGGGUUAGGGUUGAAGGACCGGGUGCGAGUCAGGUGGAGGUUGAGGUGAAGGUGGCGGAGGUGGUGGGGUGA